AAACUUGGCUGGCAUCACUGGUAUGGCAGGUUUUUCUUUUAACUGAACCCAUGCUCAUUUAUUCUGUAUGCCUGUACAACAGCGCUCAUGAAAAAUGCAGUAUAAUCGUGUACUUCACUUUGCCAUGGUUUUGCCUGCUUUGUUUGAAACAGUUCAUGGACAUUAUGGAUAUUUUGAAAUUCUCUGCCGUGAACUUGGCUCACUGGAAAAUGUUGAGUUUAUCUUCUCGGUAUACUACAACAAGGCUGAACUGAUAAGAUACAACAGCACAGAGAAUAAGGUUGUUGGUUACACUGAAUAUGCAAUGAAAUGGGCAGAUGAAUUUAAUGAAAAACCUGAGUGGCUCCAAAAGGAGGGAGAAAAAAAUGUGGCAAACUGCAAGAGCUAUGGAGCGCAGUAUCACCCUUUUAUAGAUAAAACAGUAAAACCAGAAGUCAGUAUCCGAUCAGUACGCCAGGCCAGUGGUAAACAACCAGCCAUGCUGAUAUGCAGCGCUUAUGAGUUUUACCCAAAACUGAUUAAAAUAUCCUGGAUGAGAGAUGGUGAGGUGAUAACUUCAGAUGUGACCUCGACUGAAGAGCUGGCUGAUGGAGACUGGUAUUAUCAGAUCCACUCCCACCUGGAAUAUUUCCCAAAACCUGGAGAGAAGAUCAGCUGUGUAGUGGAGCAUGCCAGCUCCAAUAAACCCAUCAUCUACCCAUGGGAUUCGUCUGAGUCUGAUAAGAAUAAGAUCAUUACUGGAGCUGUAGGUCUUGUGGUGGGAAUCAUCAUGAUUGUUGGAGGACUCAUCUACUAUUUACGAAAACGCAAAGGUACAGUUCAGGACACCAGACUCACCCAACCUUUGCAGACAAUAGCUGGAGAUUGAGUGACAGACUGUAAUGCAUCAAACAUCAUCAAACCUUGGCAAAGGUCUUCAAACAAAAUGAAAAUAAACAAAUAUAAAAUAAGUAUAAGUAACACUAUAAAAUAAGUGUUUACAACGAGUGUUUACAAGUGUUUGAAUGAGAUUUAGUGUAUGUUUUCAGAAAAUUUGUUGCGUCAUGUGAACCAUGUGCAUCACGUGUUUUGUCAAAAUACAUGCAAGACACUCCCUUAAGAGUAAACUCUGAUUACACAUGAAAUUAUGCGAGUAUGUGGCAAACGCGAGCGUCUCUUUUUUCAUAAACCCUUUAGACGCGUCUACAUAUUUUGAAAUUACGAACCACACAAACGACGGAUACAUGUUGUGACGAACUUCGCAUCGAGCGCCCCGUGAAAAAAGAAGUCACCGGCCACCACUGAUGUUUUUACUGAUUAUGUAAACUUUGAUAAAUGUGACAAACAUUCCCUUAGAUCAUGACAUUAUUUAGGCCGAACCACCAAUGAUCUAACAUGUCACAUUGUGAUGUAAAAAUGGAAACCCUUGCCCUCUGCUCAUAUGGUUGUGUGGAUUUGCAAGUCUUUGGGUGCUCAAACACGGCAUCCUUUAGUACCUCUUAAGUAUGUAUCAACAGUGAAGGCUAAAGGCAUGCUUAAACAAAAGUUCAAGACAGUUUUGUGAUUAUUUUAUACAACAUAGCAUUAUUUAAAUUAUAUUAAUUAAACAUAAUUUAAUUAAUUUAAUUUAAUAUAUUUUUGAGUUUGAAUAUAUAUUUAGUUUUAACCUUCAUAUUAAAAUAUAUUUUAUUCUAUUGUAUUUCAUGGCCAACAAAUACAUUUUUAAUUUUACAACCCACACGGCAAAAAAAUAUAUUUUUCCUGGCCAAAAUAUAAUUUUGUAUAAAAUGUAUAAAGUUUGUAUAACAUAAAAAAUGUUAAGUAUUUUGCAGUUGAAAAUAUUUAGUUUUAAUCUUUCCAAACCUAUUCCAAUGCAGUGUAAAUAUAAAUGAUUUAAAAUAUUUUUUUUACAUUUAUUUCAAAAUAUACAAAAUUGUAUUGCUGAAAAAUUUUUGUAAACCUAUUUAAAAAUAUAUACUGUAAUCUUUGUAUAUUUUGAAAUACAUUUAACAUUUUAUUUGGAAAAUAUAUAUUUUUGCCAUAUGGGAUAAGUUUCCUGUCUGCAGUUGUUUGUUAAUAAAUCCAGAUGAACUUGCACAAGAAAACUUUGUACAAUGUAAUAUAAUAAAUAUCAAAUAUCAGC